AUGAAGCAGCCGAAAGGCAUUAUGUUGCUGUUCAUGUCUUUAAUGAUAUCUUGCUUCCUCAAUACAUUAGUUUCAGGAGACUGGCUUCGAUGGGGUAACAAAGAGAAUACCCUCACUACGGGGACAAGAACAUUAGCUGUGGAUACACUUCAUGCGGAGGUGCACACUGCCAAACCCACAAUAUUUCGGAAAAGUAAGAGAAGCGACAAUCCUAAAAAAGUCGAAACACGCACUGUUAACAAAAGUGCCGAACCUCGUGGCGACCUCAGACACAGCUCAUACAGACAGCUGCGUGAUGCGCAUGGCGUGGCUGAAGAUACCUCGUCAAAAACCGGAGUCUCUUUGGUCUUUAAUGAAAGAGAUCCUGAGGCUUUUGAGCUGACGAAUGUUUUGAUAGCGACAGACUUAGAAGGAGGGAUUCAUGCUUUAAGCAGGAAAACCGGCGAAAUUUAUUGGUCAAUAAACAAUGCCAGCGCGCCAGCGAUAUCGGUGACAGAACCAGCAGCGCCGAAUAACGAGACCCUUAUUGUAGAACCCUAUGGCGAUGGUAACAUAUACUAUUACAACAUUUUUCAAGGACUGCAGAAGUUGCCUAUAUCCAUUAAGCAACUCGUUAAUGUCUCGCCACUGGAUCUAAAAACCAAGAUUGUUAUAGAUGGAGAGGGCACUACCAUAGAGGACGAAAAGAUAUAUACGGGCUCACGGCAAUCUGCGGUCUAUAAAAUCAAUAUGGAGACAGGUCAGAUCGUUUCCGCAUAUGGGCCAGGAACUGGAAACAAAUGCUUUAGCGACCUGGAAUCAAAUGGAAAAGAUGACCAUACAACCAAGCCAGAUUACGACGGUACCUUUGUUAUUGGUAAGACAACUUACCAAUUGAGUAUUCACAACAAACAUGGAAUUGUUUAUAACGUGUCAUACGGCACAUGGCAACAAAAUUCGGCAGAUGCGAGUUUAGCAUCAACAUACGAGCGUUUCUCUGACGGUGUUUUUGUUGCUACAUUCAACGAAAGAUCUCUACUUGCCGUGCAUUCUGAUUUAAGGUAUGCCAAGUGGAUCUCACCGCCGUUUCAGAGUACCAUCAACAAUAUCUUUGAUGUAUUUGUUGAUAAAAGUACAAAUGAAAGGAUUCUUAUGCCUCAUCCCAUCAGCUCAAAAUCAGAGGGUCGUAGCGGUGAAAAGGUUUUUUUAGGGUUGACUUCAGACGACUGCUGGUUUGCCAUGUCAGACGUAUUUUAUCCUUCCUUGGUAGAUUCCGCUUCUAUUAUCGGAGGCGACCAAAUGAGGAACAGAAAAAACAUUUCUGCCUUUCAUGAUAGAAAUGCCAUUCGAGAUGCUAUGCUUGGCGUUCAUGAAUUGUCGAGUCUCCAAUUUGAGCAGGUUUUCAACGAUGAGCCUCAUUCUGUUCCAAAGUCUCUACCUGGGAGUUCAAGGCUACUCAUCGAUGGUCCGAAGCGGCCUCUAAGCGAAAGUAGUGGACUUAUUGUUGAAGAAAAUCCGCCAAAAGCUUUAGAUAGAUACAUUUCCAAAGAAGAGCUCCUGGCCCUCAGGCUAGAGGCACAAGAGCAGAUAGCAUUGAAACUGCUUUCUAAUCACCAAAAGUCAUUUGCGUACCGGCUCGCCAAUUUUGUCUAUCGAAUAGUCGAGGGGGGAUUGAUGUUAGUUUUUUCUUUUUUUGUUUUGGGAAUGCUGUCAAGGUUCAAAAUCAUAGCACCACUACACGUAUUGCUGGAGCGCAAUGGGUUCACAAAGAGCAAUGAAAUCAAAGCGGGCUCUAUCGAGAUCGAAGAGUCAUCAAGAGGUCAAAAAAAUAAUGGCUCAGGGAUGGAAGCCGCCAGUAAACACGUUAAGAUUGUCGAACCAGAGGAAGACGGCAACAAACAGCAUAGCGAAAGUUCAUCAACUGAUCGUAAAAGACGCAAAAGGGGAUCAAGAGGGGGGAAGAAACCUAAAAAAGGAUUGGACAACUUACUAUCAAAGGAAGAUCAUAGAGCCCAAGAUUACGAGAAUGAAAGUGACCUUAAACAUCUGACUGUCUCGAAAAAGGUUUUAGGGUACGGUUCAUCAGGAACAGUUGUAUUUCAGGGCACAUUUCAGCAAAGGCCAGUCGCAAUCAAAAGGAUGCUAAUUGACUUUUAUGACAUUGGAACUCAAGAAAUCAAGCUGUUAACCGAAAGCGAUCACCACCCUAAUGUUGUCAGGUACUAUUGUUCGGAGUCUUCGGGAAGGUUUCUUUACAUCGCUCUAGAGUUGUGCACAUCGAGUCUAGAAGAUGUUGUAGAAGGUAAAGGGACAAGCUCUCUAGUAUCGGACGCUCGGAAAAAGCUUAAUUCUGUAAAUGUCUUGUUCCAGAUAGCUCAGGGGGUAGCUCAUUUGCAUUCUAUGAAAAUUGUUCACAGGGACUUGAAACCUCAAAACAUUCUGGUAGCUCCAACUCGCAAAUACAUGCAACAUUUGGACUCCAGUUUAGCACCAAUGCGUAUUUUGAUUUCGGAUUUUGGGCUUUGUAAAAGACUGGAACCAGAUCAAUCAUCAUUCCACACAAAUCAGGGAAAUGCUUCCGGUACAAGCGGCUGGAAAGCGCCGGAGCUUUUGGACGGAUACCAUCGGCAAGAUUUUGAAAACGACGAAUGUACCAGCAGUGAAGGCGGCGCCAUAAGUAGUGAAUCAUUUAUUCGUGAUUCUUCAGGUCCCAAGCGUUUGACAAGGGCCAUUGACAUUUUUUCUAUGGGCUGUGUUUUUUACUACGUGCUUUCUAAAGGUGACCAUCCAUUUGGCGAUAGAUAUUCCAGAGACGGUGGUAUAUUAAAAGCCGAAUACUGCUUGGAUGGAAUAAACAAGUCCCUCCGAGACAGGUACGCUAUCAUCGAGGCCACAGACCUGAUUACUCAAAUGAUAUCAAGCCAGCCUGACAAAAGGCCAACGGCAGCACGAGUACUGAAGCACCCAUUGUUUUGGUCGCAUUCAAAAAAGCUAGAGUUUUUACUCAAGGUCAGUGACCGAUUUGAAAUCGAGAGGCGAGUUCCUCCAAGUAGCCUUCUACUUAAGCUAGAAGAAGCUUCUGAACGCGUCAUCCCUAACCGUGAUUGGACCGUCAAGUUUGAUACCGUCUUUAUGGAAAACCUCGGAAAAUAUAGAAAGUAUAGUGGAGAAAAGCUUAUGGAUCUACUUAGAGCUUUCCGCAACAAGUAUCACCAUUUCAUGGAUCUUCCACCCGAGCUUGCAGAGGUUAUGGGCCCCAUUCCUGACGGCUUCUAUUUAUACUUUGCCAGAAGAUUUCCUCGUCUGCUGAUAGAAAUAUACUUCGUGGUCCAAAAGCAUUUGAAGGAUGAUCAAAUAUUGAGUGCCUAUUUUUAG